AUGUCAUCUUCCUUCUUUAGAAUCACCGAACACGUGCUUCCAUGUCAGCACAUUCGAGAGUAUCGCGACGCCCUUAAUGUGGAUAAGUUAUUGCAGUUAGCAAUUCAGCAGUACACACAUUUGAACAAUAGCAACCCCUUGUCAAAUCCAAUUACGCUUAUAGCGGCGCACGGGAAUGGGCUUCCCAAAGGAUGCUAUGAGCCUCUCUGGGACGAGCUUAUCACGGCUAUGGCGCUCCCGAUCAAGUCUAUUCGGAUUACCGAUUGCUUCCACCAAGGCGCAAGUGGAAUAUUGAAUGAAGUUGGGAUCGCCUAUAGUUUUAGCUGUUCGCAAUUCUUCCAUCUAGAUGUUUGGGCGUCUAGAGUUGAGGCAGAAGAAUUUCUGCGAAAGUCGCCCUUCUUCCAGUUAUGGGAAUCGAAAGCAAUGGAAAUAUACCUCCAAUUUGGGUUGCGCUCGACUCCCACUUUACUGUAUCCCAGUCGCUCAUUCCCUAGAGGUGUAACACUCACCACGAACAAAGCACAAGAAGCCUGGACAUUCUUGAGCCUGAAUGCACCUCCACCGUCGCUCAAUCCACAGGACUCAGUCGAGCGCGCCUUGGGAAACGGCCUUAGUUGCAAUUCUGCGGAAGGGGACUUUAACUAUUGGGGUCAUGCCACGAACUGUCCAUGGGCUUGUCUGGCAUUCAAGUUUCUCCCUUCCGUUCGACUAGUAGUGCUCUUGCUCUUUGGAGAAAACAGCCACAUUAGCCGGCCUCUCCGACGGGAAGAUAAACUUCGAUGUAUAGGGAUUGGCCUUGGGGGCAGUGGAGGCGUCGCGAUGGGCCGGGUGCGAGCCGAGACAAUCCAAGGCACGACGCAUGUGCUUCCGAUAGAGAAAAUCUAA